AUUAAGUACUAAUUCAGUUAAUUAUAUGGUGAAGGUUCACUUUUAUAGGCUAUAUAUAUGAAUCCAAGAACUCAUCCAUGCACAAUAAGUCCUGCCCUAAGGUCUUUGGGCAAUUGGGUCUCACGAAAUUGGAAAAGUUGUGGCACCAAGAAGCCUAGGAGUUAUUCAAGUCCCGAACCACAAAACCACAAUUUGAAUUUGAAUUUCAUUCAACAUGGUGUAAGAUUGUGCAAAGAAGAGGUGAUUGUGGUAAUGCAAAAGCUGGGAAUGAGUGUUGAGCGAGAUGGGGAUGGAAUAGAGGACUUUGGAGAACAAGAAAUUACUCAAAUGUCUGAAAAUGAGGUUAUUAGUGUGGAAGAGGUGAAGGAAGCUUUCAAUGUGUUUGAUGAAAACAAAGAUGGGUUCAUAGAUGCUGGUGAGUUGCAAAGGGUGUUGCGUUGUUUGGGUUUGGAGAGAGACUUUGUGCAGUGUCAGAAAAUGAUUAAUGGGAUUGAUCAAAAUGGAGAUGAACUAAUUGACCACAACGAGUUUUUCAUGUUGAUGGAACAGAGUUUUUGUUGAAUAUAUAUAUUAUAUCCUCUUAGUCUUGCAUUGCAAGUGAUGCUUUUAUUUUCUCUCUUUACUUUCUUUGGGACAUGAGAAAGAAUAAUCAAAUAUCAAGGAGAUAUUAGCAUUUUCUUAGGCUUAAUUUUUUAUGCCAUUAUUAAUUUAUGUCAUCAUUGUACGUGUUGUAUAUAUAAAAAUAAAAAUGUGUUAGAAAUCUUUCCCAGUAUUGA